AUGAAUUACAACGUACAUCCUGUCUCGUAUUUGAAUGCAGACAGUUAUACCAACAGUAACAACAACCAAAAGACUUCUCAACAGCAACAAUAUUUACAAUCACAACAAGUGUCUAACAUCUCACAACUGUCUCGUGGCAACAGUAUUACCAAAAAAUCACCAUCGACUGAUUUAGAAAUGGAUAAUGUCACAUCUCCUUCUUCAAUAACUUCAUCACAUUCACCAAGGACUAACCAUGCUAAUGGAUCACCCCACUCUUCAUUUACUUCACAUUCUUUGGCUAACUCGCCUAUGGAUGAAGCAAAGAGUGGACACCAACCCAUUUCAAGUAAUGGUGAUGUAUUGGAUAUUAAUAAUGCAGAAGUGUCUAGAUCUAACAACAGCAACAACACUGCAACCACCACCACCACCACGAAUACUUCUGGCUCAGCUUUGACUGCCUCUGGUGCUUCUGCCAUUAACUCAGCACCAUCAGUUUUACCACAGCAACCAACACAAUUACAUCCAAGUUUGAAUCCACUUUAUAAUAGCCAUGCUUUUUAUCACCAACAACAACAACAGCAACAACUUCAACAACAGGCUCCACCACCACCACACCAAGGGCAACAGUUUCACGGAGCCUACCAAGAGUUGUCUGGCGAUCAUUACCACCCAUCGUAUUUGACUAGUGGUGCUGCCAUUGCUGCUGCAGGUGCUAAUGGUGCCACUUCUUCAACACAACCAGUGCCACAAAUGAAUGAUGCUAGAAUGAGCUCCACUUUUAAUGCUUAUUCGGCAAAGCCACCAAAAAAGACUUAUAAAAAGAUUACAGAAGCAGAUUUGCGUGGUCCAUUCAAGUGUUUAUGGGGUGAUUGUAACAUCGUAUUUGAAUCUCCUGAAGUUUUGUAUGACCAUUUAUGUGACGAUCACGUUGGAAGGAAAUCAUCAAAUAACUUGAGUUUGACUUGUUAUUGGGAGAAUUGUGGAACUACAACUGUUAAAAGAGAUCACAUUACUUCACAUUUACGUGUUCAUGUUCCAUUAAAACCAUUCCAUUGUGAUUUAUGUCCCAAAUCAUUCAAGAGACCUCAAGAUUUGAAGAAACAUUCCAAGAUCCAUGCUGAUGAUCAUCCAAAGAAGUUGAAGAAGGCUCAAAAACAAUUGUUGAAGCAACAACAAAGGGAAGCCAAGCAACAAAUGAAGUUGAAUAAGGCUAAUGGUGAUUUGCCAUACUUUGCCACUGUUGCCAAUGGACAUCCACAUCAACAACAAUAUGGUCAUGGAUUUGACGAGGAAUCAAGAAAGAGAAGAUUUGAUAAUAAUUCACAACACAACAUGUAUGUUGUUAACAGUAUAUUGAAUGAUUUCAACUUCCAACAAGUUAACCAUAAUGGAUACACCCAACAAGGACAACAAGGACAACAAGGACAAUACUCUGACGCAAAGAGAAUGAAGCCAAAUACUGAAUACAAUAUUGACAUGUUUAACAAGUUGAAUCAUUUGGAUGAUCAAUUACAUCACGGACCACAACAUGGCAAUGGACAAUACCAACAACAACAACAACAACAACAACAGCAACAACACCCACAUCCAUCAUAUACCCACACUGCAAACAAUAGCAAUAUCUAUGAAGCCGAAAAGUUUUUCAACUCAUUGUCAAACUCAAUCGACAUGCAAUAUCAGAACUUGUCCUCACAAUAUCAACAACAACAACAACAACAUAGUCAUGGCCAUGGAAGUCAGUCGAGCGGUGGUGCAGCACACGGUACAUCAUCUUCAUCAUCAUCACACCAACAACAGCAUUCAUCAUCUCACGUAUACCCUACUUUACCAGUAUUGCCUUCAACCUCAAUCAAAGACCACAAUGGUGCUGGUACAAUUACUUCUUCAUCUGGCUCUAGCGGAUACUUGUCUUCGUACCCACAAAUUAAUAGACCAAUGGGUUACAACUUGUCUUAUGGUCAACAGCAACCACAUGCUAAUGGAUUGGAGUUUAAUGGCGUUUCAGUGUAUCAAAAAGCCGGCCAGAAGUUGGACGAUGAAGAUGAAGAUGAAGAGGAAGAAGAGGAAGAGUUUGAUGAUGAAUCAAGUGAAGAGUCUUCUGAAGAAGAAGAAAUUGACUCUUUGUUUGAUAAAUUGAAUUUGAAUGGUGGUGCAGACCAAGAAGAAGAAGAUGGAGCGGACGAUGAUGAUGAGAGUGUUAUUGUCGACGGAUACAAUCUUAAAGACGUUGCUAGACACAGAGCUUUGAUUCAUCAUGUUGUUGAAGUAUUGAAGCAACAAAUAAAACAACAACAACAACAACAACAAGAUGAAGAAAAGAAGCAAGAUGAACAACUAAAAGAGGAAGUUGAUGAAUUGAAACGUGAUUCAAUUUAUGGAGAAAAGAAGUUGUAUCCAACCAUUACUGCUUUUUAA